AGAGCCCGCGUCUGUGCAGUGAGUCCCACUCCAAGCCGUGUGGUUAUCUGCUUCCUCCGACCGAGCUUUGUUUUUACUUCAUCUCCUCCGACCAGAGGCCGUUCUUCCUUGACUGAGACACCAGCCACUCCUCCACAAGCAGAAUGAAGCUGGUUCUCUGGGCCCUGAGCUGUUGCCUCUUGGCUUCCAUGCCGAGUGCGAGAGCGCAGGUGACUGAAUACGGAAUCAAGGUCUGCGGCCGGGAGUUUGUCCGCAUGGUCAUUGACUCCUGUGGAAGCUCCAGGUUGAGGAGGCAUUCCUCUGAGAGAGCCCAGAGGAGGCACAGCCUUCACGGCAAGCUGUUGGAUCCUCUGGAUAGCAGUCUCUGGGGUAGCAACGAGGAGCCUGAGAGCUCAGAGAUCGACAGCACGGACUCCUCUCAGAGCGAGUCGGACGCAGCGGGAGAAGCAGACACCUGGCAGCUCUCGGCAGCCGGUUUCCGGGAAUCUGUCAGUCCCGCGGGGAUGGGUGAUGAGCCGCAGGAGGGAGGGGUCGCCGUACCUUCUCCCGGAAGGGCCUCGCGUCUCAGGAGGGGUGUUGGACUGGCCAGGGUUUGCUGCAAGUGGGGGUGUUCCAGAAGAGAUCUCACACGACUUUGUUAAUGGAUAGGAUGGGGAUGAGGGAUUUGUGGGCAGCUGCUCUUAGAAUCCACUGCAAUAUAACCAGACAAUUUAUUUUUGGGAGGCCGAGGCGUUGCUCAAAUCAAAGACAAUUUGAACAUCGUUCCGCGAGCCACCUUCCUUUCCCCCUUCACCCCUGCCCUCCCCGUCCAUCCAAAUUCUUGGAAGCAAUGAUAUAAUUACCAUCACUGCUAUUUAUAGAAAAAAUGUAGAGGCAGAGCCAUAGCCUUUCCAGUAGGGUCACUAGUUAACUAUCAGGUGUGGGUGACUUGUUUGCCACACUCCUCUCUGGUUCUGAAGCCAAUUGUUGCCUCACCUGCUCCCAACCAUCAACCCCAACCCGAUUCUUUCUCUAACAAAAAACAUCCUGUGUACCAUUUCACAAGGAGCAAUGAAUGGGGUGGUAGUGGGGGGGAGGGGGAAGAAACGCUGCAAUUGAAUGUUUAGCGAUUCAGAAACUGGAGGCAAAGUCAGAUGGCGAAAUUUGACUUUUGGUAGACAAAGAAUUCUUCACUUUAUUCCAUGAAAUAUAUCAUUUGUCUGCUUCCAAUUACUGCGCUAGGGUUUUGUAGGGAUAUUCGCAAUUUUACAGCCUGUCCCUAAACAUUUUGUGUGAUAACUGAAGAGGAAAAUAAUAAUUAAUAAUAAUAAUAAUCCUUGCCUUUGACAUAGCGUCUUAUGUUGUUAAACCGUCUCAAAGCGCUUCACAGGAUUUGACUGUGAAAUGCAGUGACUGCAAAUGUAAGCUUAGAAGCAAAUGUUUUGGACGCCAAAGGAACAUGAAAUUAAAUUAUAAACAACCUUUACUGGAUUCAUUAGCAACCCAGAUAUAUUUAAAUAUGUUAUAUUAAUUUAUUUCACCGCAUACUAAAAUAGAGCUAAUUGGUGCAUGUUUUGAAAAGUGCCUUUGGUGUAUGGGUUAAAGCUUCAUCAUAUUUAUAGACUGUGGUUUUUUUUGUGUGUGUGCGUAAUUUUGUGAGAGAUCCUCAUAAAUUCUCUUGAGCAUGGGAAAAGGGGAGUGGGGGAAAGAGAGAAAAGAGUCCGUGAAUUCACUGAAUGUUUCUCGUAUGAAUUCCUCAAAUCUGUUACUUUCCUGACAUUUAAUCCCUUCCCUAAUCUCGCGCUCCAGUGUUUUUGUGGUUGGAUUUUGGAUAGUUAAAAUAAGACCUCUUUAUCCCCUUUAAACAUCCACAAACCCCUUCCCCUUUCCCCCUUUCCUACAAAGCCCAGCACUUUUCACCUCUACUGAGAGUGUGAGUGAUUGAGCCCCCAUCUUACCCCGCGGUGUGUGGGGGAAGAAAAAGCUCCAUUGCUGUUGUGCAUUGGAGCUUUAUUUUUACACAGCACCUGUGCACUAUUGAAAUGCACCCAAUUUUUUUUAACCAGAGGGUGGGAGGGAGAAGAAGGAGUGAAGUCACAUACACACACAGGCUGUUGCUCAGAAAUGACGCAGCUUUUGAUCGAGAAGAACUGCGCUUAUGAUUUUUAAAAAGUCAAUUUGCUUUAAGAACCUUCCUUUACAACAUGGUUCUCUCAUCGACUGACUCCAUCAUUGAGGCUCACGUGCGUCAGAGGGCUAUUACCCACAAGUAAACUUUAAAGGGGUUUUAUAACACAAAACUGGUCUAGGAAUAACAGUGUCUCCUGAUUUGUUGGGUUGGAACAACAACUUGCAUUUAUAUAGCCCUGUUCAGUAGUGCUGUUUUCUUCUGUGCAGAUUUCAAAUGCACAUUUGAUAAAACCUGUGAUGAACACAAGUCUCUCCAAUGGAAACCCGAAUGAGAUUAUUGUUAUUGACUGUACGGAUUGUUGGUUUGGUUACUUUUCCAAUAAAAUCAAUACAAAAAUA